AUGGGCGUUACAGAAGAGUGCAGUAUUCGCUACGCCUCUGCAAGUGGCCACACCCUUGAAACUUUAUGCGGCCCGGAAUACCGAUACACCGGCGUUAAUUCAACUGGCAUUGACUGCGUUCUCCCUGACGGCGGCUACAUACCAUUCUGGAUCCUCAAUGCCAUGACCUUCUUUGCGUGGAUUAUCGACAGCAGUUCAUCCUGGCCAUAUAUGCUCUCUCAAUUCCAUCUUUCAGCUCCGCACCUCGACACUAAGGUGCCGUCGCUUGCAGAAGGCCUGCUCUUGGUCGGAACAUGCGGCGCACUGGAUCUUAUUAAAGACAUGCCGUUCGAUCCGCGCACGGUACCGUUAUAA